CCGCAUUACAGACACUCCUGCACUUGAAGAGGCAAAACAACAGCAAGAAACCAACCUUUUUUAGAUUAAAUAUCCCUCAGAAAAGAUUCUGUGACGGACCAUGACAAUAAUUGGGCGGCAUUAUCUUGGCCUGGUGCUAUUGUCUAUGGGAUGCUUGGUGGCUGUUACACAUACAAUGAGUCCUUGUGAAAUACACAAUGAGGAGUCAGCAAUUUGCACUGGAAGGAAUCUUACAAGAGUGCCAAAAGAUCUUCCUACCAAUUUAACCAGUUUGGAUUUAUCAUACAAUUCAGUGGAUGCGACUGAUCUUGAAAACAGUAGAGGACUGCAGGCAUUUAGGAAUCUGGUCUUCCUCAAUCUUUCGAAUAACCACAUCCCAACUCUGAGCCCUGAGGUUUUUACAAGCCUGAAGAUGCUGAAGGUAUUGGAUCUGAGUAACUGCAAUAUUAAUUUGCUCCACCCCAAGGCCUUCAAAGGUCUUUUGAAUUUGAAGAUCCUGAUUUUGAACAAUAACAGAAUAAAGGCCUUAGCACCUCAGUUCUUCAGUGAUGUGCAGGCAUUGUCGACGUUGGACCUAGCCAAUAACAAGCUGACCACAGUCCCCAUCCAGAUGUUAGAGAAAUUCAAAGGAAUACAUGAGGUUCGACUGCAAGGAAAUUCUUGGGUCUGUGAUUGCACGCUGUACCCACUACAGAAAUGGCUGAAGCUACAUCUUGACCAUACAGAGGAGAUACAGUGCAUGUUCCCGUCUAACCUCCACGGAAAGAACUUGCUGAAUCUGGACCUCUUGCCUGUGUCCUGUUCAGAAACGUCUAAAAGAUUUCGCCGCCUUGUGAAUUCAGUAACUUCAGCGUUCACAGUCGCAGCUGUCACCAAUCAGACUUCAGAUGCACCAUCAAAAGAAGGAGGCAAGGGAUGGCAGUAUCUUGUUGCGGCUCUGGUAAUUGCUAUCACUUUCUCAGCCUUGAUUGCUAUUGGUGCGAAAUUUAAACUCUUUCACAAAUACCUCACCAGCUACAGCCACCAGCUACUACCAGAGCAAGAUGGCACCAGUCGUGAUGCAAUUAGUGUGAACAUGCCACGCAAUAGUGAGAUGGAGGACAUUAGGGAUAGAACUAUGUAUCCAGGUCUGGAGGAAGAUGAUGGAUACAUUGAGGACAAUUAUAUUCAGACAGAAGUGAAAGCAGACGAUGAGCAGGAGAUGCAUGUUUCCAUUUAACAGAAAUCAACAGGUCCUACCAGCUCAAACUCUUCCAAACCAUUCUGUUGUACAGGGUAUGUAUUUUUUAAAAAGUCAACUUAAUUGAAGGAGGCUCCAAGUCUUUUCCCUCUCUUCAUUGUUUUAGAUUAGAUAUUGCUCAAUGUCAUUGGAAUUCACCAAAACUUCUCUCCACUGUUUAUGUAUAAAGAAAUAAAUCUGCAACUUUGGACCUAGGAAUAAAAAUAGAUGAUACUGAAAAUGGAUAGCAGAUUCAUCAGCAUCUGUAAGGUCAAAGAGCAAGCUAACAUUCUGAUCACCAAGGUUCCAACCACAGCUGAUUCAAUGCCUGUACCUUCACCUCUUCCCACAACAUUGACCAGAGACCCAAAUACUAAUCCACACAAUACAGCAAUUCAAACAUACUUUCUCUAAUUCAUGCACGUAGCAAUUGCCACUCAUGGUGAGAACUCCUGUACGAUCAGGAGAUUGAGCACUGAUUGGAUGACUGCAUUGUUGAACUUCUGACCUGUCUGCAGAUGUUUUUGAGACCUCCAUGUGGCUUGGCAUUUGAACUCUCUCCCCACAAUCCCACUCUAAUGCUCCAGUUUGGACACUGUUUCAAUGAAGUUCAACACAAGGCUGAAAAACAGUGUUUCAUCUUUGAUCUCUGGUAUGAACACUGAAUCUAGCAACUUUAGAGCUUAGUCAUCUCCCCAGUUUUCUUCAGAGCAAGGUAUGUUAACAUUUUGGAAUUAGAUUCUUAAUCAGAUUACACUUCUGGCAGCGGUGUCCUCACUCUGCAACUUGGGUAGUCUUCUCUCUUCAGCUUGGAUCAUCCCACUUUUUUGUUUCCAGCAUUCACUGUUUUCCAUUUCAGAUGGAAUCCAUCUGCAAAGCUUUUUUGGCUUUUUGGCUUUGGGCUCCUCUAAUUGGUAGGAUGUGAUUGGUGGUAACCCACAAGAAUCUGUUUUAGAGCCUCAAUUAUUCUCUGGUUUUAUUAAUGACUUAAAUGAUGGGAUAGAAAGGCAUAUAUCCAAAUUUGCUGAUGACACAAAGAUAAGCAGUACUGCAAGCAGUGUAGAUGGAAGCAUAAAGCUACAAAGAGAUAUUCAUAAAUUAAGCGAAUGGACAAAACUGUGACAAAUGGAUUUCAACAUAGAUAAAUGUGAGAUCAUCUGCUCCGGACCUAAAAAGAAGAAAACAGGGACUUUCUAAAUGAUGGAAGACUAAUAGGAAAAGAGGAGGUGCAAACAGACUUGAGGGGUUCCAUCUUUAAAAUGGCAUGAACAGGUAUGAAAAAUAAUCAAAAAGGCAAAUGAAACUCAGUCUUUAUAUCUAGAAGAUUAGAAUACAAGGGAUUAGAAGUCAUGCUACAGCUAUACAAAGCCCUGGUUAGAUGACACCUGGAGCACUGGGAGUAAUUUUGGGCACCAGACCUAUUGUCCUUGGAAGGAGUGUAGCAUACCUGGACUCUAAGGGUUAAAUUACAAGGAGAGAAUACAGAAACUAAGGUUGUAUUCUGUGGAAUUUAGAAAGGUUAAGAGGUGAUUUGAUUGAAGUUUUCAAGAUAUUAUGGGAAACAGAAGGGUUAAAUUGAAAGAAACUAUUUCUGCUAGUUGGGAAGUCUAAGGCUAGGGAGCAUAGUCUAAAUAUAAGUGUCAGACCUUUCAGGGGUGGCAUUAGGAAACACUGCUAUAUAUGAAGGGCGGUAGAAGUUUGGAACUCUCUUCCGCAAAUGGCAAUUGAUGCUAGAUCAACUGUUAAUUUUAAAUCUGAGAUUGAAACAUUUUUGAUAAUCAAUGAUAUUAAGGGAUAUGCAGCAAGGGUGAGAUAUAUGGAGUUAGGUCGUAGGUCAGCUCAUGAUUUCAAUGAAUAGUGGAACAGACUCGAGGGGCUAAAUGGCAUACUCUUGUUCCUAUGGUUCAUUCUAAUAGUCACAGAGGGAAAUGAAGGAAGUCUUCAAAUGUUUGUGGAUGAGGGAAAAAAGGAUUUUCAUUUUUAUAGCAUGUAUCAGGACCUUAGGGUAUCCUAAAGAGCUUUACAAACAAUGAAGGUGCAUGGUGUUUACGCUAAUAAGGUAUUGAAGGUGUUAAAAUUUGAAAGGUGUCCAGGACUAGAUGAAAGACAUACUUUAGAAUAUCAAAAGUGGCUAGUGAGGAAUUAUUGAAUUGAGUGAUCAUGAUUUUUCAAAAUUAAUUGGAGACAGAAGCUCUAAAUCCCUCUAGUUUGCAUUCUUUUCCCAUUCCCCAAUAUGUGGGAGUGAAGUUAGUUACAAAUCUUCUAUUAUUCGUUAAAGCUUUUUAAUACCUUGUUAAUGAAUUUUCCGAAAGAGCUUACACAGAAUUACAUAGAACUUGUAAUUCUGCCAGUUGGGGAAACUAAACUUCAGCUAGCAACCAAUUCACUCGUUCUGCUGGAGGUAGCUCAACAAUACAGCAGCUAAGUUCUUUGGUGGAUUAUUAUUUUCAGACAGAUUUUUCUGCCUUGGUUCAGUGUUGCCUUUGGAAGGCCAAGGUUGUCUUUGAAAGCAGGCUGGGCUGGAGACUAAGCACCCACCCAAAUAGGCUACCAUUGGGCUUUUAAACUAUGCCAUGCCACUUCAAUCAGUGAACAGAGGACAGCCCAGGGGCACUUCAAGCAGUUGAUCAGCAAAGUGCCACUUAGUUGUAUGCUUCAUUC